GCAACCCAAAUCCACGGUGUAGUUUCUCGUCGAGAUUAUUUCCGUCACUUCCGUGUCCGGUGAACCAUCUUCACAUUUGGAACAAGUUGUCCACUGUACGACACAGACCGAAAGAUGGCUGGGAAACGUGCAGCAUUGAAAGCCAUUGACUGGUUGGCCUUUGCUGAGAGGGUUCCCCCCAACCAGAGGGCCAUGUUCAACAACCUCAAGACUCGCUCAGACGCCAUCGGUGCCAAGUACGCUGUCCCUCUGCCAGAGAAGCCUGUUACCAUCGACUGGAGCUUCUAUAAGACCAACGUGGCCAGAGCCGGCAUGGUGGCUGAGUUUGAAUCCAAGGUGAGAUCCUAA